AGGACAUCGUUUUUGUGGAGCCCCUUGUGAGCACUGCACUGCAAUUCUUUGGGGCCGGUCAGGUAAAUCAGCACUGAGACACAGAUAGCAUGGCUCUGAAUAAUCCCAUCCCACUGGGACCAUGGAAGAUCACUGUUUAUGACCAGGAGAACUUCCAAGGGAAGCGAGUGGAGUUUACCUCAGCCUGCCUGAACAUCAUGGAGUGUGGCGUUGACAACGUCCGCUCCCUAAAGGUGGAGUGUGGAGCCUGGGCAGGAUAUGAGCACUCCAGCUUCUGUGGACAGCAGUUUGUGUUGGAGAGAGGAGAGUAUCCUCACUGGGAGUCGUGGAGCGGCAGCAACGCCUACCACAUUGAGAGGAUGAUGUCCUUCCGCCCCAUCUGCUCUGCUCACCACAAGGAGUCAAAGAUGGUGUUGUUUGAGAAGGAGAACUUCAUGGGACGGCAGUGGGACAUAAACGAUGACUACCCCUCCCUGCAGGCCAUGGGCUGGGGCAACAACGAGAUUGGUUCCAUGCAAGUUCAGAGCGGCUCCUGGGUGUGCUAUCAGUUCCCAGGUUACCGUGGUUACCAGUACAUCAUGGAGUGUGAUCGUCAUGGCGGCGAGUACAAACAUUACAGAGAGUGGGGCUCCCAUGCUCAGUCCUUCCAGGUGCAGUCGCUGCGUCGAAUCCAGCAAUAAGACCUGCAACAUCCUCCCCCAAACUCUUUACCUCCUUCUCCACCUCCUCCCCCUCUUCCACAUCCUCCUCCUCACCCCCUCACCCAGUCAUUCCAAGCUUUAUCCAGCUCCGUCAGACCUUAUAAACCACGGCUGACACUUUGCUGGUGCUUCACAAUCAAGAUGUUUUACUGCACUUUUGUUUCUUUGCCAAAUGAAAAUAAA